AUGAAGAUUUUGGCCACUAGUUUCAUCCUUGGGAGGCUGGCGUUGGCCUACCUGCUUUUGGUGGUGACUACACUUGAAACACUGGCCAUUCCUGAGAAGCUGCAAGAAGCUGUGGGGAGAGUAAUUGUCAAUGCCACAGCCUGUACUGUCACCUGUGGCCUUGGCUACAAGGAGGAAACUGUCUGUGAGGUGGGCCCUGAUGGAGUGAGAAGGAAGUGUAAGUCUCAGCGCUUGGAAUGUCUGACCAACUGGAUCUGUGGGAUGCUCCAUUUCACCAUUCUCAUCGGGACGGAAUUUGAGCUUAGCUGUCUGAGUCCAGACAUCCUGGAGGUUGGACGGGAAGCGUUCCGAUUCACUUGGAGACUUGCUCGGGGGAUCAUCUCAACUGAUGACGAGAUCUUCAGACCCUUCCUAGUUAAUUCCCACUUUGUGAAGUUUCCUUAUGUUCAGGAGUAUGAUGCGGGAACAUACCGCUGUGAUGUGCAGCUGUUAAAAAGCUUGAGAAUUGUCAAGAGGCUUUACUUUGGGCUGAGGGUCCUUCCUCCUAAAUUGGUGAACCUGAAUUUCUAUCAGUCCCUUACUGAGAAUCAGAAGUUAAUGGAUGAGGGCUUGGAAGUUAAUCUGGACAACUAUUCCAAGCCUUACCACCCAAAGUGGGAAAAGAAGGUAGCAUUAGCCUUGGCAAUAGGUAUUACCAGUGGAGUGGUUGGUGGUUUGUUGGUGAGCUCUGCCUUCUGCCUUCUGCUGAGGGGGACCUUUAGCAAUGACACCCUCCAGAGCUUAAAAGCCUUGUUCCAGAAGGCCUGGCUAGCUCUUUUGCUUUUUAGGAAGCCAAACUUUUUAAAGGGGAAUGAGUGGCUAAGAGGGAGGGCUCCUACUGCCAAAAGAUGA